AUGUGGCAGUGUGUCGUUCUUUUCAGCGCCGUUUUUCUCUCACGUAAGUUUGCGAACUUUUACUGUUGAUUAAAAUUAAUUCCUAUGAUUAAUAUCUUCUCACUCUCUUCGAGGUUGACCUCAUUUGUUCAGAAUACGUUGAUGCCGGUUUCCAAAUAUCGAGACUAAAGCCAAUGUAUAAAGAAGACAAUAUCACGAUAAGUGAACUGUCCUCGGCUCUUGGAGCUGCGUUCCCACCUUGUUGUUCUGAUAUGAUCUCGAGCAUCGCCUGCAGAAGACUCCAGCAACACAAUCCAUCCAAAUUUCUUGAUAGGUCUAAUCGAAAAUUCAGAACUAUACACAAACACAUUUCAUUUCUAGAUGUGCCUAUGAUGCUGAUUUCUCUCUGAUUCAAUGCUGCAACACUUGUGGACUCGAAAGCGCCGCAGAUCGUUACGAACUCAUCUUCCAAGCCGGACACAAGUCCAACCAAUGUUUUGAUCGACAUGGAUCCGAGUUUUGCAAGCGCUUCCUGAAAAAGGAGGAUGUCUGGGGAAAAGUAAGAGCGUUUCAGUUUCUAUUUUAUACUAUUGUGUUCAAUUCUUUCAGUCUCAAUGGUCUUGCGAUGGCUCUACAGCACAUUUAGCAUUCCGAAUCUGCAGAAAAACCUGCAACUUCUGUCGCGGAGAUAUUUACCGCACUCCGCUUGGUCGGUUUGAACCGGUAGCCUGUGGAAAGCCUCCAGUCCUCGUUCCGAUCUGAACCGACUUUGGGAUCAAUCUAUUUAUUUAAUUAUCGUUUUAUUUGUGACUCUUUCCGAUGUAUAAUUAUUUAACUUCAUGACGAACUUGAACGCGAUCUCGAUCGAAAUAUUUUUGUGUUCUGAAUCCUUGUGGUAACGUUUUCCUUUCUUCUCAAAUAAACAUUAAAACACUCCGAAUUCUGUAUGUCUGUCUAAUCCGAAUGCCAAAAAACGCAACCAGGACGGCCAAAAAGAGACUAUCUCUCGAUUAUCGCGUCUCUCGAUCUGUAGUCUCAUAUCGAUCGUGUUUGCAACGAUAACCAAGUAGUUACAGAUAGUGCGAGCCAUUCCGUCACGCACAUUCUCUCACUCUCCGUUUAUUUUUCUCUUCUUAUCACUAUGUAUUCGCGUUUCUUCUAUCAGAAACGAGCAUUUUCCAAGUUUUUGCAAAUUUCUCCGCGAGUUAAAGAAGCGCUCGCCAAUGGAGAAGGUGUCGUUGCUCUGGAAAGCACUGUCAUCACUCACGGGUUGCCAUAUCCACAUAACCUCAGGUUUAUUUUGUAAUUUUCUCUCUAAUAUUUUUUGUUGUUAUAGCACAGCACGCAGUUUGGAGGAAAAAGUGAGAUCUUCCGGAAGUCAGCCAGCUACGAUCGCUCUUUUCGACGGGAAAGUAGGUUUUUGCGUGAUAUCUCUAACCAAAUCACAAUUUUUCAGAUUCAUGUAGGCUUAGACGAGGAAAAACUGGAAAAGUUGGCAUCUUGCAAAAAUGCCGUCAAAGUGUCCACCCGAGAUAUCGCAAAAACUAUUAUCAAGGUUUUUAUUAUAGUUUUUCUACAAAAAACAUGUUACAAAGUUCAGAAAGAUGUGGGAGGAACGACAGUCGCUUCCACGAUGAAAAUAGCCCACGCGGCUGGAAUAAGUGUUUUCGCCACUGGUGGAAUUGGUGGAGUACAUCGUGGUGCCGAUCAGAGUACGUUAAGAUGAUUGUCUACAGUAUUUUUUCACAAUUUAUUUUCAGCUUUCGACGUGUCCGCCGAUUUGCAAGAACUCUCCAAGACACCAGUUUGUGUCGUUUGUUCUGGAGUGAAAAGUAUUUUGGAUAUCCCCAAAACUGUGGAAUAUCUGGAAACUCAUUCGGUGAACUGUGUUGUCUUUGGAAACGAUAACGUUUUUCCAAGUUUUUUCACAAGACAUUCAAGCAGUAGGGCUCAAUUCAACACUGAUAAACUGGAAGAAGUGGUUGAGCUCAUGAGUGAGGAAAACAUAUGUUUUUAUAAUAGUCUUAUCAAUCUUACAGAGACAUCGAAAUCGCUUGGCCUGUCUUAUGGAACUGUGCUGGCUUGUCCUAUUCCGGAACAGUUCGCAGCUGAUGGUGAUAUGAUUCAACGAGCUAUUGAUACUGCAGUCAGAGAAGCAUUGUGAGUGAGAUUGGAUAUUGGUCCAGAAUAAGAAUUGUUUCAGAGAACAAAACAUCGCGUCUCAAGAGGUCACUCCAUUCAUUCUUUUAAGAGUUAAUCAGUUGACUAAAGGCGCUUCCAUGGCGACAAGUACUGUGCCUUUUACUUCUAAACUAUUCCCCUUAUCCAGAUAUUGCACUUCUCGAAAACAACGCUUCCAUUGCCGGAAGACUGGCUGCGAAAUUGUCUGACAGGCGUCCAAUUACCAUUUCCAACCCGUCCACUUCUUCCUCGUCGCCUAAAAAACCAAAUGUUGUGAGUAACGAGGGUAAAAAUAGUCGUUUUUGUUCACACUGUUCUCUCCCUAAGCCUUUUGCGUCGGCGAAAAUUGAAACAAUGCGGACUCGAGUUGAGUAUUCUCUUUGACAAACAAUAACGUCUACUAGUUUCAAUGACAUGUAUUUGCUAAUCACAUCACGACUGUUUUCAGGUCUCAAUCGGAGCAACUAUCGUGGAUUUUGAGGCGAUCACGAGCGAGAAUGUCCAGGUGAGAAAAAAACAAGAAGGGACAAAUGAAAGUUAGGAGGAAAUGGUUCAGGACGAUUUUACAAAGAAAAUGGAAACACGUAGAUGUUUGUGA